UGGGGGAAAGAAAGAAACGAAGUUGUUGUAGGCUGUGACACAUUCGCGGAAUGGAUUAAUGCUUGCCUACUUUUACGGUACAAUUGGUUUGGCAACGGUCAGUAGAGUUUAAGGCAGCAUGAGUUCCGUUCUCAAACUUAUCCGCAUAUUUUUGUAGUAAAAUGAUUUGAAAGCGGAAUGUGAGCAAUAAUACAUUCUCGAAACAUCGAAUGCUUUAUGUUUUCGUUUGAUCCGUUUUUUUUUCUCGCGUUUUUAUAUACAUUUUCAAUAUCAUGUUUCUGUUAAAGUGAACAGAAGAGUUUGGACACGCAACAUUUUAUACAGAAACUGACUUAUUUUCCUCCUUCCACUGGUCCCCACUAGCCCGACGAGUUAUCCUGCCAAAAAGCUUUGCCGUGGAAAAUCGUGCGGAAAGGAACUUCACUGGACUACAUUUGGCUUUAAAACAAGUUCAAAGGGGAAUGCUUCUUCAUUAAAAGGACCCACAAUAAGAGCAUUUAAGUUUACACUGGUGCCAGUUGCGUGGGAAACAACGAAUAGCAGAAACAACUCAUCUUUACGUGACCAAGUCUAACCUAAUAUAAUGGACCGUUUCGUCACACCGAAGACAUGCAGGUGUGGGGCUACCUAGUCUCAAACGAGACCGACAACAACAACUUCAGCUUCAUGAAAGUGACCUAAAAAGCCAUUUUUUUCAUCAGUCUUUAUCUCCAACAUUGCCAGAACAAUAGAAGUAGUCACUACUAACUCGAUGGAUUCACAUGCGUUACCUUCUACCUGUCUGCCUGUAGUCUCCACAGCCAAGACACGAUGACUCUCAACACUGUUGUCCAAACAUGAUUAUAUCGUCAUGUGAUCCUCCAAAAAUGUCUUAAUCGUCUUAUUUAACGUCUGUUUUUUUAUUUAUUGUAUAUGUAUAUGUACAUAUAGCCUACAUAGUUCUGUCCGUUGGUUGUUCUAAUUUGGGGGGUAUUUGUUUAGCAUAUAGAUUGCAAGGGGUCCCUGUCAUUUCAACUACUGUAGUUCAACUGUACUGUAGACAUGCUUGAGUAUUAAUGUAUUUCCAACUCACACACUGUAUUUAUUGAGUACAUUAACUUAUAUAACAUAGUGGUUUGUUAACAGCAUUUAAUUUAAUUUGAUUAUUCAGAGUUUUAGACGACCAGGUUAGACAUUACAAUGGACCGACUUGGAAGUAAGUUAUUGGAGAAGUUAAAACUGACUGACUCAGGGAGUGUGAAAUUCGCCAGUUCUAAAAAGAAAAACGAGUUGGUCAACAACACCAACAAUAACAGCAAUGGGAACACCGGUGGGAACACCAGUAGUGGACUACCACCAACCCUGAGCACUGCAACCUCCUCACCAUCAACACCUGGCCAGUUCUCUCUCACCUCUUCAACCUCAACGGAGGCAUGCAGACCGGCCAGUGGCAGAGGUGGGAAUGGACCGGCAGAGAGAGUCUCCGCUACCCAGCACCUCUCCCCCUCUACAACCUCCAUCGCCCCCCAAACUGCUGACUGCGAACAUCAACCCUACUCCCUCUCGACUCUCGCCCCCCUCCGGCGGCGGUCGCCCCAGCAGCGUGCUUCCUGCUACCUGGGGGAGGGCGUUGACAUCCAGAUGAGGCGUGAGUCAGGCCUGGGGGACUGUGACCCAGCUGGGUCCAAGGCCUCUAUGAACCAGCGCCGCUACUCUCUGGAGCUCCAGCAGCUGGUCCGACGCCAGCAGCUCCUCUCCCAGCCUCCUCUGUCCCACUCCUCUGGCCCUCCUCCGGCAUACCCCACCUCCUCCACCUCCUCGGGUUACGGCUCCGCUCCCCGUGGUGGCGCAAUGGCCGAGCUGCACUACCUCCCUGAGCCGGAGCGCCACAAACGCCUCUCCCUCCAGGAGGCGCUGUUCUACAAGCGGCUGAGCACCGGAGGGGAACUCUGGGAGAGCACCAGGCCGGCCUCGCUCUCUCACCCCCCACACCGGCCCUCUGAGAUGGGUGGAGGAGGAGGGGUGGGUGGAGGUUUCUUCUUCCCCCCAGGCCCGGCACUGAGCCCCUGCUCGUCUUUCAGUCUCCAAGAGUCGGUGCUGAUCAGUCCCAGGUCCAGCUUUGCCUCCAGUACUGCCAGCGGUGGAAGCCCCAUGGGCAGCCGCUGUAGCAGCAACCGCACCAGCGGAAUCAGCCUGGGCUAUGACACCCGGUACACCGCCUCCGCCGCCAUGGCACCGCAGCUGCAGUUCUCCUCCCUGCACUCAGGGGGCUCAACCAGUGGACAGGGAUACAUAGUCUCAGGCAGGGCCGGGGCACACUCUGGGUCAGGAGGCUGGCAGGACUACCUGGACGGGGUCUCCACACCUGGAGGAACAGGGGUUCAGGACAGCCGGCAUUCGUACCCGCCUGCGGUGGGUAGCCCGGCAGCGGCCUGUUACCGGGCUGGUCCCGAGUGGUGGGAUGAGAGGGGAGCAGGAGCAGCCCGAGGGGAGGAGACUGGCGUGGGCGCUGGCGGGGAACGGGCGCGCUACUCGGACCUCCCGGGGACCCGCUACCAAGAGGAACUGACGCGCCUGUUGCUAAGAGACGCAGCACUGGAGGGGGAGGGGCUACACCUGGGUGGGCUGAUGCUCAAAGAACAUGCCAAGGCCCUCAGCAAGCCGGUGACGCUCGUCAACACAGCUACGGCUGCCGGACCAAUCAAAGCCCAGGAGGAGCCAGGAACGGGGAGGGAGGCGUUGUCUGAGAAUCGCCAGGAGUUCUUUGGUACAUGUGUGAAGUGUGGGAAAGGUGUGUAUGGAGCGGAUAACGCUUGCCAGGCUCUGGACAGCCUCUAUCACACACGCUGCUUUACCUGUGUGUCCUGUGGUCGCACCCUGAGAAACAAGGACUUUUACAACGUCAAUGGCUCUGUGUACUGUAAAGAGGAUUACAUGUUCUCAGGGUUCCAGGCUGCAGCAGAGAAAUGUAGUGUGUGUGGCCACCUUAUCCUGGAACAGAUCCUCCAGGCAAUGGGGAACUCGUACCACCCCGGUUGUUUCCGCUGUGUGGUGUGUUCCAAAGCCCUGGACGGAGUUCCCUUCACCGUCGACCACCUCAGCAACAUCUACUGUGUCUCGGACUACAACAGAACGUUUGCUCCUAAAUGUGCUGCCUGCUUACAACCCAUCUUACCUGCUGAGGGCAGCGAGGAGAUACUCCGGGUGAUGUCUAUGAACAACGAUUAUCACUUUGAGUGCUACCACUGUGAGGAAUGUGGGAAGCAGCUCUCGGAUCAGCAGGGCUCCCAGUGCUUCCCUCUGGACUCUCAUCUCCUCUGCCAUUCAUGUCACAUGACCCGGGUGUGCGCCUCAUAACAUUUCCCCUCACAACACAACUGAGGAAGGAACUCUAUGCAUAACACAUUCCCUUUUCUUUCUCACACUCUCAUACAAACUCUUUCUUUCUCUCUAUUGCACACCAAUAUAUGGGUUUGCUCUGAUCUGAUUAGUUUGUUACUUUUAGAUUACUUUCCCCUCAAGUGGCACCCUGCCUGUUUUGGUAAAACGCUGAGGGAUGGCCCUGGCGAAAUGAAACCACUAAGAUUAAUAGACAGAGCCAUGGAUGCAAGGACUAACCAUUCUCCAAUGUUUGUAUACAAGAAAAAAAAAAAAUACCCAUGUUUUGAAGCUAUAGUGUUUGUAAAUAAUGUUUACAAACAUUGGAGAAAAACAAGUUUACAGUAUUUUGGGUUAUCAUGGCAUGUGAUAGUUGAACUAAAGCUCAUGAGCCAUUUAUAAUGUAUAUUCUUAAAGAAUCAAUGGGUAUAUACAGUAUCAUUCAUUUAUAAAUCCAAAAAUUGAGGUAGCAACUACAGAUUUACCCUUUGUCUAUCAAAAGUGCGCGAGUCCAUUAGGCCUAUGGAUCAUUUUUUUUUAUCAACAUUAGAUUGAGCAAUAAAAGCCCUAUUCGUGGUCUUAAAUGAAACUUGUUUUUGACAGUAUUGAGCACAAUACCACAGAGGAGUUUAGAAGGUAAGAACUCCCUCAAACUUGUAUUCCAUAAACUGGGAUCCGCAGUAUGCAACUGUUACAAGAGUGCAUUUUUCACUGGCUAUCCACUGGUCGCAAAAACUGAUUGAUAGGCAGUUUAAACUUUUUUAGUUCAACCAUUAUUGGGUUAAAAUACACAUACAUUUGAACAGCCAUCUACAACAACCACAAUCCGUACGGCGCUAAAUGAGAGAGCUGCAGUGUGAUUCACAAUAAUGUAGAUAGAUAUCAAUAAGUAAUAUUCGUAUCGCCCGUAGGCUAAACCACUGCUGUCGUCCUUACCUCCAAGCAUUUAUUAAAGUUGAAUAAUCUUUGAAUGCUGACAGCAGUCGCAACAUUGGACUGUAGCCUACAAAGCCUAUUUCCUUCUCUUUUCCCGCGAUCCAUCAAACAUUUGGUACGUCGUCAUAGUGGCCUCUGACUUGUGGUCAGACUCCUUUAGGUGGAUCAAACUUAAACUUGCGCCUUUUUUCAAUUAUGAUUUGAAUGUCAUUGAGAAAACAAAAGGUGUCAAAUAUAUUUUUUGCAAACAGCCUUUCUGAAUUUAAAACACUAGAAGUAAUAAUCUUGCUGGUAAUUUAACGGAUUCGUUUUUGUAAUCCGUUACACCCCAAUCCGGUUUAGAUCAAACCCCUGUAUGUAUGUAUAUGACCAGGGGCAAGUUCAUUAAGGCACACACGUUUGGCGGAAGAUGAAAAUAAGUAUGUCUUUCUGGACAAGUUUAGCAUUUUCUUCAGUUGUGUGCCUACUGAACACCACUUAGGUGCGACAUAAUGUGUCCUGCCGUUCCGCAGACCAUCACUGUACCAGACUGGGAGAAGAAUAUAGCCGGGUCCAAGAUCAGUUUAUGCGGUCUUGGCAACUCUUAUGGUAAUUGUCACGGCAUCUUUUGGCAUAUCUGGGACCAGGCUAAGAAGAAUACACCAAAUUAUGGUUUUACCACCCGACCGUGUGCUAUAGAAGGGAUUUAUCGAUCUGGUUAACCUGUUUUUGUAUUUAACCAUCACUAGCAAACAAUUUGCACUUAAAAUUUGACUUGUUUACCUGUAAUAUAUUUUGUAAGUGUUUCUUCUUGUAAAAGUAAAAAAAAUAAAACAUUCCUGUAUCGUUGUAAUUAAUAAAUAUUUUCCUUUGUGUGUUCCA